AUGCCGGUUGAGCCGCUCUCCUCCAACGUCGUCAAUUACCUCGUGUGGAGAUACCUCCAGGAAUCUGGCUUCGGGAAUGCGGCAGUCCAGCUGUCGCGCAGCUGGUACCACAACCCCGACCGUCUUCCUUUCGCAAAGCACGUCUCUUCCCACGCCCUCAUCCACAUUCUGCAGGAUGGCCUCUGGUUUGACAAGCUGCAGGCCGAGGUGAAGGAUGGCCAGCGCCGGUAUCAGUUUGGACGCGACCAUGGACGGCCCUUCUCCCUCCACAGCACCGAGAGCUCAAUGCUGGACCAACAGCCACCCCCGGAUCUGUUCGAAGAGACGAACGGUACGGGUGCAGAUGCCCCAGCCCGGAGAGGGCCCACGAGAAAGAAGCAGAAGAAGACAAAUGGCAUUGUGGACCGGCAGGUCAAUGGCGAUGCGAUGGACAUUGACCACAACGGCUCUCUCCAGAUCACCCCAUCCCUUCGUGGUGAAUCUGAGGCUGUUGUGUCUGAUGCCGAAUCGCCAUCUGUCGUAGAAGAAAUUCCCAUAUCCACACUCAGUAUCGGGCAAAGCACCUACAUCCAAACCGAAGAGCACCCGCCCUGGGAGAAUGAAGACCCCACCAGCCGCGGACUCGAGAGCGGCUACCCUCCCCGACGCGAACUGAACGCCCCACAAGCGACUAACCUCAUAGCGAAGGAACCGGACAAGGAGAUCACGCACACUCUGUGGGACCCUUCCGCGCCUUUGCUUCUACUCACUGGAGGGAAGUCCCUGGCGAGGCUCCAAGAUAUUACCGAUUUACGACGGUCCCUAAAUUUCCAGAUCCCGCUCAACGAUUUUAGCGUAACAGCUGUGUGUUUCACCUCCAAUGAAGAGGUUGCAAUUGCAGCUCGGGAGGAACACAUCAAUGAGCAAGGAGAUACGAUGAAGACGGACAAGUUGAUCAAGGUCAUUGACGCAGGUCGAGAUUCACGCAUAAUCUCUUCGGUCGUAGGAAUGGUGUCUACCCUGCGAUGGAAUCCUUCGUCGCGGACCUUGUUGAGCGUCUCGACCACUGACAUGGCCGGAAGUAUCAAGAUCUGGACAAACGAUGACACCAUGCCAGCCUUCACCGCCUUUGCUGAAUCCGCAAUCAUGGACGCAGCUUGGAUGACCGAAACAGAAUUCGUCGUUUGUGGCUUGAAUCUCGUACAAGUAUAUCAGAUUGAUGGGGAGUUGAAGCUACUACACUCCUUCAAAAAGGAAGGGACCUGGGAGACGGUCAAGUAUGAUCCAAUGCAUCGCAUCAUAAUCUGUGCUGCAUUCGAGGAGGAGCUUAUGGGAGUCAUCUACCUCGACGUCACAUCAAAAGGCAUUCAGACUACCAAACAUCCGGACAAGUUCUUUUCGGGCAUGGAGCUAUCAAGUUUGAGGCAGCCUGCCGGCGACUCUGGACGGGCCCCUUGCUUCGUCGGUACUUGCGCUGCUGCCGGUGCAUAUGUAUGGGAUGUAGGGGAUUCAGAAGAUCCCUUCCGAGAAUACCGCCACUUCGCCGUUCCUCUCGCCACCCAAGCUCGCUGUCUUGCCUUCUCCAACUCUGGGGAACUGGUUGCAGUCGGAACUAAAGAUUCGGUCUUAAUAUGGAAGGUCGUAGGGGGAGCUUACGAAGUCAAAUGGCUUUGGACGGAAGGAUCUGAUCUUGAACAAGAACAAGAACAAAAUCUGAGCUGGAACCACGAUGACUCGAUGCUUGCUUUCUCCAUUGGCGGCCAAGUCGCUGUCAUCAAUCUCCAGGAGUAG